AUGCCUCCAUGCGACUGCAUUUACUCCUCAACCUUGUGUGGGCUACUUAAAACCCCCUCACCAGGUCAGCGCCCGGAUUUGAUGACUAAAUCACCCAUGCGCAAGCUGUCGAUAAGACUCAGCUCACCCAGGUCCAGCCAUCCUCCCCCACAUAUUUGGGCAUUGAGAGGAACCAAACGCACCAGGGCAGACCUAUGCAGAUCCUCUGUUGACAGCCAAUCCAAUGCGUUAGUACACGACCUUACUACACCCUCAUAUUCGGAAUACGAGUCCGAUAGGCAAUUGCGGUAUUCGGCCAAUUCUCAUAAUAAUGAAAACUCAGCCUCUCAGGACGAGGAUGAACCCUGGUACCAUAAACUUCCAGGCCAGGAGUUCAGACUUCAUCAACCCUACCAUUGGAACCCGUUGCAGCCACAGCACCAUGACCUCCAGGUCCACAGACUCAAGCUACAGCAACUAUCAACUGAAAGGUUUGAGAGCUGGAGCGCUGGAGUGGAAUACGCCGCUCCAUCGGACAACCGGCUACCUCCGCGAAAACGUUUCAAGGCGUCACAUUUGCAAUCAAGCCUCCCGCGAACCGAGGAGGUCGACAGUAUCAAUGAUCAUAAAUUGGCCUUGGUCUCUCCCUCGAUGCGAUCGAGAGGUUUCUAUCACCUGGCGUGCCCGUUCAACAUUUACGCCCCAGCCAGGUUUCAACAAUGCCUGAUGCAAGACAACAUAUGCACGAAGCGUGAUCCAGAGCCAAUAGCUGGGCUCAAUGAAGAUCAGAAAGCUAUAUUGAUCAGCAGGGACUGCUACUACCGGGGUGAGAAGAAACGUUGGUGUCGUAUCUGGUCCAUCGUCUUCCCUACCUCCGAGCCGCCUCAAUCCCCGUACCUAGAUCGAGCUUGCGGACUUGUCAUCUCUAUGGUACGCGACUUUUGGGAGUUGAAUGGUCACCAAUGCGUCGCCGACUAUAUGAAGGAUCAGGGUUUUGAUGGAGAAGGUAACGAGAACUCCCAUAAUACGUUAUUUAACGUUACACUAGACGAUUUAUUGAAGGGCAUUAUCAAGGAGCAUGAGUCUUUGAAGGUACGGCCUAUCGAAGAAUAA